AACAGUUUACUUGCGGAAACAAAACAACGCUUGACAAAAUUGUAUACUAAAAGCAAGACAAUACAAAACAAUAAACUCGCCAAUAAUAAUGAGCAAACAAUAUUUUAAAACUUUGUCCACACAAAUGAUUAACACACCCGACCGUUCUGCCAUAAAUAAACGGCAUUUUUAUUUCUAGCAAAAGAACUAGGUUAAAAGACAAAGCCAAUCGUUUGGAAUGCAUGAAAGAAGAACAAAAAAAAACAUCAUAAAAACCCAUUCACAUCGCUGUUCCGGUUAUGAGUCGGUAGCGAAAUAAAACCAAACAGCCGUGCCUUGCAGACGGGGAAACAAACAAAAUAAUCCUUCCGCCGGGCGAUGGUUGCAGGCAGGGCUUGUGACAGAAAACUGAAAAGGUGUGCAAAAACGAAAACCGAAAACAUAUCGUACGAGCACCAUAACCACCAGCAAAGCCAACAACACAGAAGCCAAUCGAAUGGAAAUGGAAUGAGAUCACAAAAUAAGGGCGAUAGUAAACAAAAAAGAAAACAAUACCAAACUGCACUCAACUCGUUGCUGAAAGAAGCAAAACCAACAUUUCCCAGGUUCUUCGCGGUCAGUUUGCGGACGAGUCGAGUUUAUUAAUUUGCCAGUUGUUCACCGUCUUAAUAGCUCGCUCGUUAAACGUCGCGCCAGUGGAAGAGUAAAACCUGGUUCGUCAUGAACAUUCGCUGCGGUCAUUUAAUCCUGUGCCUUUACGUUAUCGGGUACGCGGCUGCUGUUGAUUUUCCACCGGUCGUGAAACGCGUUUCCUCGCAACGGAACAAACCAUUCCUAGGGGAUGUGAACCAUUCGCGGUCGAAGAUAUCGAAACCAGCGAUCCUCCAGUCGGUGGGCAAAAGAUCGCACGACCGAACGGGCGUAAUUCCACUCUCGGAGGAAUUGGAAAUGGUAGCAGCUGCCGAACCGAUCGUUGGAAGAGUGGCAGCCGGUAAGAAGAAAUCAAAGAAUUCUUCCGAUCGUUCAGCGUCCCCAGUAACGGACGGACCGCCCACAAACGCCACCGCAGCUACGGAAAGUGACAUGUUUCGUUCGUACAUGGUAAGAUUUAAAAAAAAACCCGGUUCGUAGAUGGAUUCAAAAGUUCGCCCACACUAAUGGGAUCCAUUUUCUAACCGCUUUUGCCACGUCUUCUACCACGUUCCGCACAGGAAACGCAUCGUAAGAAGUAUUAUGCGAAGUAUCGUGCCCAGCGCAGACGGUCCGCCUACAUGGAUAACCUGGAGGAAAUCAACGAACACAACAAAGCGUUCGAGGCGGGCAGCAAUCGAUUCCGCAUGGCACCGAAUGCGUUCGCCGACAUGGUAAGCAUCCCUUUUCAAACCACAUGCAUCUUAUCGUCGGUUCGUUUAGCUUGCCGAACUAGAAUCAUAAAAGUCAGUGCGCUAACACCGGCAACAUACAUUCAGGCGCAUUAAGUAUGGCCCAAUCUUACCUGGCGGUAAGGUAACAGUCAACCGUUUCAAGAAAGGAUCCUUUUCGAGGGUAUCCCAACAUAAAAACCACACUGUCGGUAUCACGGAUUUGUGAGCUGAUUAGCAUUACAUUUUAAGGGCCUUCUGUCAAAGGGUAGAUAAAGUCAGGAAAAGCCAAAAAUGGCAGGCUAAGUCCUCUUGUGCCACACAAGAAGAAACGAAAAUCAAGCGCGUAGGUGUAUCGCGAAUUUAAGAGGAAGUUUUUAUCAAAAAUAUUGCAAGAUGGUAUAUCUCAUUUACGUACUGUCAGACCAUUUUCAUAGGGAUAUGCUUAUAAACCAUCAAGUUGAAAGGAAUAACAUCCUAAUAUGAUCAGUUUGACAAUUACAUUGCAUACCUUUAGGCGUUUUCCCAUAUAUUAUGCAUAGCUUGAAGUGUCGUUAUUGUUUGGAUACUUCCCCCUAAAGAAUACAUUCAUCUCUUUAUUUUGGAUCGCAAGUAACACAACUCUGUUCCGUAUUUCUUGUGAGCGAUGCUAAUUAAUUCUUAAAGUUACAAUAUUAAUUAAUCAUUCAUGCUGCACAGUUAAAGAGAGCUAUUGAGCUUCCCAUAAUUUCUUUAGUAUGAAAUUCAAGUACCAACGGGACCUUAUGAUCUCACAGCUGCUUAACUAACCACAAAUGGGGUUUUCAUAAUUUGCAAGUACAGUAAUUAAUUUCAAAAGUACACCCACAACAAAAAAGGGUCAGUAGGUACAACAUUUCCCGAACAGUUCAUGGUAUUCACAUUUCCACGAAACAAACAUCACGGCCGGGGAAACCUCUGUGGUCAGUUUGUAACUUUCUCCGUCCAUUAAACACCACAGCAGGGUUACACAACACGUUGUCCAUUCUCAUCUUUCCUAUCUAGGCAAUAAUGAAAGCAUUCACACUCCAGACAGUGUUUUAAUAUGGCUACACUUUUCACACGUCCUGCAAUACAUACUGUACAAUGUUUCCGGGUACGAUGUAUUGCAUCAGUUUGCGUGUAUACGCAUAGGAAAUUUAAUCUUCUUCGGUGUGAUUGCGCAAAUGAUAGAUUUCUUCCUCUUCUAAAGAGGAUGUUGCAUCAGAUACGUGUAACUAGCGUCAGCCCAACUUAAAUGAGACUUGAAGAGCAAUGGUGAAGAACCCAUUCAAUUAUAGUAUUGAAAGUGCUAAUAGAAUCGGCUCAGCUCAUCUUACAUAAAUGUCGUUUCAAUCGAGGGAAUACGGUCUAAAAGUGGACUAUCCAUAAAUAGUUUUAUCUCAAAGACAUAAUCUGGACAUAUACUCUCCUUAAAAGCCAAGCAUUCGUCAAAUAUACAUCACAAUCUACAUACAUCACCGAUUCUUCCUUUCAGCAAAACAGUGAGUAUCGGAAGCGUUUGAUACGGUUGAAGAUGGACCCACACCGUAAGGUAAAACCAACAAUAUCCGACGAAAUCGUCAGCUCCGGUAACGAAUUGCCGGAGUCAAUCGAUUGGCGCGAGAAAGGCUUCAAAACGCCACCGGCCAACCAAAAGACCUGUGGUUCCUGUUACGCUUUCAGCGUGGCGUACGCAAUAGCGGCCCAACUAUUGAAGCACAUCGGUCGGGUGGAACUGGUGAGCGAACAGCAAAUGGUGGACUGUUCUACGGCUACCGGGAACUUGGGUUGCGGAGGUGGUUCGCUAAGAAACACGUUGAAAUAUCUGGAACAGUCCGGUGGAGUAAUGCGCGAGGUAGACUACCCGUACACAUCUUCGGUAAGUUUGGAUGAAAGGGAAGAAAAAACAGCUUUACACAGUUUGGUAGGUAAAAAAGGGGGUCAUCAUUUUAUUUGAAAUCAGAAGACUAUUGCCGACCUGUUAUAUGUCCAAGCGACAAAGCAAGAAAUUCGCGUGAGUGCAUGAGCAACCAAAGGAGAAGUUGCAAAGAGGUAAUACUUUUCAGCUAAUUUGCCUACCACCCACCGGAUCACGGUUAACAAGUUGCGCGAAUUGGAAGAGUGAUGCUGUGAAGUGGCAAAUAAAUGACCACAUCAUGUAUUUACUGCACUUUUCGAGUGCUAAUUGCAUCUGGACGGCUGUGGAUACGCUUGAAGUCGAGUUGAGGGAGUGAGGCGUGUUCCGAUGGACCGGUGUGGGAUGCGAAACAACGACAACCCGAUGAAGAGCCGUGGAAAGACAAAGAAUUAUACCUUUGCCGAUCGCCAAAUUGCAUCAUGUGCCGCUUAUCGUAAUUGAUGAUAUUCGUAAGUACUUUCAAUAUAUCUUUUUGGUUUGGUUCUGUUACCCAAGAUGUUGUGUUGUGUUUGUUUAAACCGGCGGGGAGGAAAACAGAAACUUACUGCAUACAAUAACCGUGUGGACUGUGUGUGAAUGGAAGGGUAAAUAAUGGACAUGCAGUUCUUGGCUUGCAAACCACAACGUCGCGCCAUGCAUGAAGAGAAAUGGAGACAAACGGGGACGAAAUGCAGGUGAUUGCUUUUUAUGUAGUCUCUUGCCAUUUUAGAUGAAUUUAUUGUCAUUUUUUUAAUUCCUUCCCCUUUGUUUAUCUCUUUUUUUUGGUGCUGCUGGUGCUGCUGCAUGCUGCCGUGAGCGUAAUCGGCGUACGUAUCGGCUCUACAACACAAUGAGCUGUACACCGACGCGCCAGCUUGACGUACAUAAUUUAAUGCACCUGCCAGCACUGCUACUAUCGACAAAGCCCGUACGGCCAUUGUUGCAACCUACGCCUAACCGGAAUCUAUAAAUAAAUCACCGUGUUGGUCCCCGGGGGCAGCUUGUGACGAUGCGACGGAGCGCCAGAACGUGCAUGCUGUUGUCGUAGGAUGACCGAUAACAAUCAGUGCACUGAUGGCACCCCGUACCGACAAAUGGUUUUCCGAUUGUAGGUAAAGAGAUUUCAAAAUCAAAACCACAACUGACCGAGGGUAGGAGGUUUCAAAUUAAACCUCAAUAAACAGAUCCCUUAUCAGUGGGAAGACAUUCAAGACGGUGAUAUACGCAUUACGAUGUUUACGGUAAGCCAUUCCGUGGCAAACAUGAACGUCAUUAGGGACUUAUGGGGAGGUAAACCCAAAAGGAAGCAUGCAUUCUAAUGAGCUUAGGAUGUGGGUAAGACACUGUAUCGCAAUCCCAUGUGAUGUAGUUUUCGACUUGUGAGGAAGUACAAUAAACUGUCACUUCAUA